CGCUUACUUUCCAAACAUGGCCGUUAAGCCUUUGACUGCAUUUGCUCCUGCGUUCGGUUGAAUUAGUCACACUUUGAGGAAGUCACUGGCAGGUCUGGACUUCGGUAACAGUGGAAGCUAGCUGUUCAAAACGCCCAUUAAUACCAACCUCAACAGGGCGGACAUAAACAAUGUUUUCUGUCAAACCAAUGAAACCAACCUUCAAGUGUUACCUUCCUCCUGUACAGAGUGAUGUGAAGAAGACCAUUGACCCCCCUAUUAAAAAGUUGGAACCCAAGUUACUCCCAGGGGAGAUAGUAGUUAACGAGGUGAACUUUGUGAGGAAAUGCAUCAGUGCUGAAAGCAGCCAAGAUGAUCUCUGGGGCAAGUUGAUUUGUACCAACUUUAAGGUCUCCUUCAUCCCUCAAGAUGCUUCAACUAAACCGAAGUUUCAGCUGUCCCACUUGCUGCUCGGAGAGCAUGACAUCCCACUGACAUGUUUAGAGCACGUGGUAACAGUGAACGAUACAAAGGGGAAGAAGAAAGUUUUGGGCUCAAACCAAAAGCUGAAGUUCAACCCCACUGAGCUCAUCCUUUAUUGUAAAGACUUGCGGAUCAUAAGGUUCUGCUUUGAUGAGGCCGGGCCUGAGAGUGCUAAAAAGGUUUGUCUCGCUAUUGCUCACUACUCCCAUCCAGCUGAUCUGCAUCUGCUCUUUGGCUUUGAGUAUCAGGGGAGGCGGUACCAUGAAUCCAAAGAUGAGCGACUCAAUGGGUCUGUCCGACGAGGAGGAUUACAGACGCCCAUUUUUGAUCGCCGGUCUGAGUGGGAUAGAGAGAUCAAGAGAACGGGCGCCUCGGAGUGGAGAGUGUGUUCCAUAAACGAGUUUUACAACAUCUCCUCAAGUCUUCCGGAGUACAUUGUCGUCCCAGUAUCUCUAGCAGACCAGGAUCUAAAGCAGUACUCUAUAUUUCUAACUGGCAACCGCCUCCCACUUUGGUGCUGGAAUCACCGGAAUGGAAGUGCUCUUGUGCGCAUGGCCAGUGUGUGUGACCCGGUCCAGCAGAGGAAGAUUGAGCAGAGGAUCAUCACUGCCAUCACAAAGAGCCACCCACAGUGCAGUGAAGUCUUCACUUCAGACCUGGACAAGUGUCUGCCCAACAUCCAGGAUAUCCAGAGUUCUUUCGUCAAAAUCCGACAGAUCUGCGUCAUAGAUCCUUUUGAGGAGUCUGAGGAAAGGUGGCUUUCAUCCAUUGAAAACUCACGAUGGCUCGAGUAUGUCAGGGCCUUCCUGAAGCAGGCAUCUGAGAUAGUGUACCAUUUGGAUGGGAGGAAUGUUUCAGUCAUUCUCCAAGAGGAAGAGGACCGUGACCUGAACUGCGUGGUGUCCUCCAUGGUGCAGCUCAUGGUUGACCCUCAUUAUCGCAGCCUUGUUGGAUUUCAGGGUUUGGUGCAGAAGGAGUGGGUGAUGGCAGGCCAUCGCUUCUUGGACAGAUGCAACCACUUAAAAAAGAAUGACAGAGAGGAGUCCCCACUGUUCAUUCUGUUUCUGGACUGUGUGUGGCAAAUGAUGAACCAGUAUCCAGCUGCAUUUGAGUUCACAGAAGCUUAUCUGACAGUCUUAAGUGAUAGCAUGUGGAUCCCACUCUUCAGCACUUUCCUCUUCAGUUCUCCUAAACAACGUGCACAGUACUUGAUGGAUUUUGCGAGGAAUAAAGCCAUCCCCCAAGGGGAGGACUCCGUUGUGUUCUUCCCUCCUGUGUGGGACUGGUCACAGCAAUUCUCCACCAAAGACCAAACCCUUUUUAACAACCCCAUGUACGUUGGCAAAGGAGCCGCAUGUGUUCUCAAUGGGGAAGUGAAAAGCUUUCGACGCACAAAGAAAUACGGCUCCGUCUUCCGAGGAGCCUCUGCAUCUCUGCGUCAUGGCUUGAAAGGCGGAGAGGAAGCCCUCACUCGACGAGGCUCUCUGGGGGCCGAGCUGAAGACCGACUUCUCACCCAUGAAAUAUGUGGUGGAGAGCCCGUCGGAGCGCUAUUUCAGGGAGUGGUUCUCUCGGCCCGCUGACCAGCAGGGCCUGUUGCUCCCCCUGCUCACGCCCUCCCACGUGGCCCUCUGGAAGCUCUACUUCCUCCGCUGGGUGCCUGAAGCCUGCAUUUCCAAGGGGGGUUUCAUCACUGCCUACCACAAGCUCUCCCAACUGGUGGACGAAAUCGAGAUGCUACAGAACCACCUCAGGCAGUACAAGGCACCCACCCCAAGCAACACGCCCCUCCCCAGCUCAAAAGGGACCACUGCUGACCAAAGGCGGAUGUAUUUUCAGGCCGCUUCCCCAAAUGAUUCGCCUCCAGAAUUUCUUUCCUCCUCUUUUCCUUUCACCCCUGUAGGAAACUUAUGUCGCCGCAGUAUUCACGGAACCCCCAUCAGUAAGUUUCUGAAUGGGGCCAGGAUCUGGCUCUCCACAGAGACGCUCGCGAACGACUCCCUCUGAGAAUGGUCGGGAUUUCAUUUCGAUCGCUGUUACCACUCUUAAUGAUGCAGACAACUAUCUAAGAAAAUAACUUUUUUUUUUUUUUUUUAGUUCUUCAUAAGCUAAAAUCUACAAUGAUGGUGCUUCAAAUACUGAAGCAACAACUGGAAGAGCAUCAAACAAAAAAUAGCUCCAUCAAUCAUUCAAAUUAAUAAAGCGAGAAUGCAGAAGUACAUCCUCCUAUAAUUGGCCAGUGACGUGCUACUGUGAUGUGCGCUCAUACUGUGAAAGAAAGGUUCGUCCCCCCCACUUAAAUCGCUCUUAAAAUUUUCUGAGCCGAGCUUCCAAGAUCCACAGAUCCUGUGCGGGAUUGACCUGUGAUGUCAGGCCGUGUGAUGAUCCUUCAGCAGACUCACAGUCCAGAUUUUAUUGUAGGAACAAUGAUGCGUUUCACUGACACUGACUGAUUCCAAAUGUAAUGUGCACCCUCCAGGAAAUAUGAUGAGAUUGCAUCUAACUCUUAAUUUGGGAUUUUUUUUUUUUUUAUGUUCUUAAUCCAGAGCAUCAUACAAUAUAACACUACUAACUGCUCUGCUAUGCCAAGUGGUGCAAACAGAAUGCGUCCGUGUGCGCGUUUGUUUGUCCUCCCACAAACUUAAUGCUGUCUGCUUACAAAUUCUAUCACUUGUCUGGCAUUUUGCUGAAACAAAUAACUGUGGUGCUGAUUUGAGAUCACUUAAAUCUGUGGUAAAUUUAUAGACUCUCAGAAAAGUUUUAUCAAGAACUAAUAAGGUCUUCCUUUUCAAAAAAAGGAAAGAGGACUCAGAGCAAUUUUUAGUUUUCUUUACAAAGGCUCCCUCAUGUUUUGUAACUGCUGAACCAAAGACUGGCUGGUAAAAACGAGUAAAUGGUUCAGUUGUCUAAAAGUGGUGAGAAGCUUGGAGUGAGACUCUUAAGAUCAGGGGUGUGGAACUUGCGGCUCAAGAGCCAUCCAAUUACAAAAUAAAACCUCAAUAAAGACAUUAAAACCGCAAAUGCUCAAAUGUGAGAUAAGUAAGUGUAUGCUUGUUUAUUUUUGCCCUGUUUCCCAUAGCCCUCUAAGGACUUAAUACAAACGUCAGUGGCCCCCAGAUAAAGGGAAAAAGGUUCCCCACCCCUGAUAUUAGCGAGCAGAGUGACACAUUUUAACCUAAACGUAAGAUUCCUUGGCAAUAACUGAAAUUGUCUUUCAAGUGGCGUGAGUGCUGCGUUUGCCCUACAAAAAUGCUAUUAAUUGCACAUUUCACCCAAUUUAUGGUUCUUAAGGAGGCUGAACAAUAGAUUUGGCAGUUUUUUUUUUUUUUUUUUUAAGAAUUUCUAUGUGCUUGAAAUUGAUAUUUUUCGAGUUAAUGGUACUUCGUCUCAUCUUAAUUUUGACUAUAUAUUUUAUGGAGAGAUAUUUAUAUGAUGUUAUCGUCCUUUGCUGAUUCUAUGAAGACUGUGUUCACUGUGGCACAGUUGGAUGUGCCAGCAGGUGUAUUUAUUCAUAUUAUGCAAAUGUUCUCUUCAGGGAGACGUAAUGGCUACUCUUGUGCCUUUUGGGAAGACUUUGUAACAAUGCUCUAUAUAUCUGACCUGUCUACUUGUGUUCAUUUUAAUGGCGUCUUAAACCUUUAACAGGUACUGCACUGAGAAGGGUUUUCCUGGGAGAAAAGAGGGCUAAAAUGUACCAUUAACCAAUCAAUACAGUUUAUUUUCAACUGA